GCCCUCCAUUUCGUACGGCCUCCCAAAAAUCUCAAUCCAUUGCUUCUUCUUCCCUUCUCUCUCCAAGGGUGGAGGAGGAGGAGGAGGAGGAGAGAGAGAGAGGAGAGAAUUCUCUCCCACGGGUCGGAGCAAGGGAAGGAUUCCCACUGCAGAAGUGGCUGCCUCCGUGGCGUAUUUCGUAGAUGGAUUACAUAUCCCCUGAGAGAAGUCUGGAUGGGACUUGUGGAGACCCUGGGCCUUUAUUUGGAGAUCAAGAUGGUAGCUUGUUGGAGCACAUGGAUUAUCAUGGUGAAGGAAUUACACAACCUGAAUCCCCACCGCUGAAUGAUGGACUUUUAGUUGAUGCAGCCGAUCAAAUUUCAUAUUUGUCUGCAGAUUCUGUACCCUAUAUGAAUGAUCAGAUCAUGUGCAAUACAAUGAAAUCUGCUUCAACUAGUCCAGCAUCUCCCCUGAAGCAAGACGAGGAGCAUCAUGUGCAUAUAGAAUCUGAUAUGCAAAAUGAUGCAGCUGAACAGAAAGUUCACCAUAAUGAUGACUGUGAAGCACAUACCUCGUCUCCGGGUUAUGAUGUGCAUCAGAAUACAGAAGUGGUUGAAGGUGUUCUUCCUCCAGAGCUUCAUGAAAGCAGUGGUAAUGAUAUAUCAAACUUUCAACAAGAAACUACACAUUCUGAUGUCUAUCAUGGUGACUCUAUGUUAGCUGAGAAUAGCAGUAGGGAUUAUCAGUUUAGCAAUAGCGGUGACGAUGAUGAUGAAAUUCCAAACUCUUCUGCGCCUCAGAUGGGAAAUAAGGACAACAGAAAGUUACAUGAGACUCUUCACAAUGAAGUGAAUGGGACAGAGGAUGAUCAAAUGAACGGUGGGAAUUCUAAUCCUCGUGGUGAAAAUGACACUGAGAACUUCAACUCUGCAAUUGAAUCUUCCUAUUUGGAUGGGAUGGAGCAGGAAGAUCCUUGUACCGAGAAUGGCAUUUCUACACCUGGCAACCAGUGGGAUUCUCCACCUGAGAGGUCUGCAGGACUAGAAAAGGGUACACCAUCACCAGCCAGGAGGGUCUCACUUUCUGUUGAAAGGUCACCUCAUGCUCAUUCAUCUGAGAAACUGGACUCACCCCAUCAUGCAAAAGAAGGUGAUAAUUUGGCUCACUCUCGAAGCCCACCAGCAAGACGUCUGUCCCGAUCUCCUGGAUCUCCUGAAAAUCAUGACACCAACCGUAGAAGAGCUCCCUCACAUGAGUUGUCUCCACAUGCACGGGAUAACUCUCCAGAAAGAAAAGCACAAUCUCGACGUGGAGAUGGGUCACCGCGCCGAAGAUCUACGUCCCCUAGAAGAAGAGAUGGGUCACCGCGACGAAGAUCAGCUUCCCCUAGAAGAAGACAUGGUUCACCACGCCGAAGAUCUGCAUCACCUAAAAGAAGAGAUGGGUCGCCUCGCAGAAGAUCUCCAUCCCCUAAAAGAAGGCACGGGUCACCACGACGAAGAUCUCCAUCCCCUAAAAGGAGGCAUGGGUCACCACGGCGAAGAUCUCCAUCUCCUAAAAGAAGAGCCUCACCCAAGAGGAGGGGUUCACCAAGGAGAAGGGAUUCCCCAACAAGGAGGAGGGAUUCCUCUCCACGAAGGAGAGACUCCUCACCAAGAAAGAGAGAUUCCUCUCCAAGGAGGAGGGAGUCCCCAACAAGAAGGAGGGACUCCCCAGCAAGAAAGAGGGACUCCCCAACAAGAAAGAGGGACUCCCCAACAAGGAAGAGGGAUAGAUCAAAAUCAAGGUCACCAUCAAGGAAAACUGAUUCCUCUAGACAUAGAAGGGAACAUGGUAGAUCUCGAUCAAGGUCUCCACACUCUAGGAGUCACCAUAGAAGAUCUCCAAGAAGAAGGCAUUCACCAAGGCACAGAUCACCUCCAGCAAGGCAGCAUUCUCCUAAAAGAUGUUGGUCACCACCUGCCAAUAGGAAGACUGGAUUGGGUAAGCCUGGACGGAAUCUGUUUGUUGCAGGCUUUAGCUAUGCCACCACAGAGCGAGAGUUGGAGAAGAAAUUUGCUAAGUUUGGACGUGUAACAAGGGUACGGGUUGUCCGAGAUAAACGAACUGGAGAUUCUCGAGGCUUUGGAUUUCUAUCCCUGGAGAAGGACGAGGACGCUGAUGCAGCAAUCCGAGCUUGCGACGAGACAGAGUGGAAUGGUAGGAUCAUUCUUGUGGAGAAGUCCAAGGCACCUGCAUGGUGAAUCUUACACCCUAGAGCCCUGCAAGCAAUGCUCUGGGUGGGAGGACGAGUUUGCACAGCUUUUUAUCGUACCAACAGUAUAACAUAAACUAUUAAUUAUCAUUACAUGUGGCAAAGUUUACUUGAAUCAGCGCUCUAUGCUCUACUAGGAGUAAGUAAUAAUGCACUUGCUAUGGCUACCUUGCUGACAGUUAUUGAAGAAUAAGAUGAUAUGCCAAACCUUAGCUUGUUUCAGGGCACUGCUGCUGAUAAAGAGGGAGUUAGCGGUACACAUUGUAAUAUCUGCAACCUCUACUACACAUUCAUGACAUUCAUCCUCUUCCUCUGCAUGGUGAUCGAGUGUUUGGCUGGCAGUUCAGUUCAUGGUGAUGCAUGGGCGAAAUUCAGACUUGGGAGGCUGUGUUGGUCAUUAAGUUAGAAAAAAUAAUUUUAUAUGUUUGUCAUCCGUAUUUUGUGUUUUAGAUCGUUUAUUUACUACUAUAUGUUGGAUGUAUAUGGCCGAUAACUUUUCUGCUGUCUUUUUCUUUUUGCCUCUACUCAUGAAUCAGAAAUAUUUAUUUAUGCACAAAAAAACUUUAUGAGCCUUCA